GAAGCUGUCCUGCUUCUUAGGGCCUCUUUGGAUUCCGCGCAGCUCGAGAGGCAGCUCGAGAGAGAGAGCGCAGGGCAGGGGAGGGCAGGGGCGAGGGGCAGCAGGGCUCAGACAAAGGCCGUGGAGGUCAGGAGGACGGACCGACUCGUGCAGAGCAGGGAGGGAGGCAGGGAAGGAGAGCAGAGCGCCGGAGGUCUGCACCGUCUAGGGUCUGUCUGGCUGUCUGGCUGGCUGGCUGGUCGCUGGUCGCGGUCGCCUGAGGAACAUCGUGAAAAAGCGUGAGUAUUGCCGGAUAGGGUAUUGGAUGCAGUUUCUUGAUUUUCUAGACUACCGAUCGUGCCCGGGACGAGACGAAUUGUUACUUUCAGGGCCUUCGGGACUUGCCAUCCUCGACGCCAGCGUCCUCCAGAAGGCAGCCUGUUUCUAGACUGGAAAUAUUAUUAUCGCAACAGAGGCUACACUUAGCCUGUGCGGCAGAGAAGAGAGUGGGGAGUCUGCGCUUGAUUUAGAUUUGUAUUUCGAUCCAUAUCAGUUUCAUCAUGGGAGGCGGAAAUGGGCAGAAAGCCAAAAUGGCCCGGGAGAGGAACGCUGAGAAGUUGAAAGGCGCUAAGGGGAGCCAGUUGGAGACCAACAAGAAGGCAAUGACCAUUCAAUGUAAGAUCUGUAUGCAGACUUUCAUCUGCACAACAAGUGAAGCCAAAUGUAAAGAGCACGCAGAAGCCAGACAUCCUAAGAAUGAACUGGCUCAGUGCUUUCCACACUUGGCUGGAAAGUGAGUUUGAAGGAAAUCGUCUUCGCAGACGCAUGAUGGAAGAAGGAUAGAUAUUGAACAACAGUUCGAAAGGAACUGAUUGAAGAAUAGUUGUAAGAUAUGGGAAACUUCAGCAUGACUUCUUACUAUAUUCGGGAACUUGUUUGCAUCCCUCAAGCGACCGUGGUAUACUUUCGGAGCUCUGAUUGCCAAAAGAUAGAACGGAGCCAACUAUACAAGUUUUUUGGUUGCUCAAUGAUCAGGUCAACAGGGUUGUCCAAGUUGAGGAUGUUUUCCAAGCCUUAAAGUUAGUGAUUUUGUGUGGGAUAUGGCGGGCUGAGAAGUUCGUAAUAGAUGGAACUGGUCGAACUUGACAUAAGAAGAAAAUCAGUUUGAUGGUGCUUUGGAUCUCUGAAGUUUCAAAUCACUUAGGUGAUGCUCUCGGGCUCCACGCCUUGCUAUUGUUUCUCUCUCUUUGGAGGUUUCGUCGCAGACUUGGGUUUCGGAAAGAGUAAGUCAUUGCUCUGAAGUCAUUGUACCAAUUAAGCUGCCUACAUAAUACCAUUAUAAUUUGG